GGUCCAUUAACUGGCAAAUUACAAGUAUACCCACAAGAUUUCUUCUUAUCGCAUUUAUUUCUCUUUUCCAACUAAAAUGCAUCGAAAUCCAAAAUCUCACUAAUUCACAAAACUCAGAAAUUCUUAAAAGAUUCACCAAAAACUUGAGAUCUCUGAAUCCAAUUUCUCGAAAAUGAGAGACCUAGUUUCAUGUUUCAGUGAAAACUCUAUAAACAUUUCAAAUCCUUCCUGUUCUAGCUACUCGAGCAACACAUGCAUCACACCAAACACUCUUUCACCUUCAAUCCAAACCUCAAUUUCAUCUAUUUACAAAUUAGUCCUCUCCACAUUGAAGCAAAUCCUCAUCACUGUAACAUGGUGCAAAAACCAUUCAAAUCAAGGACUUACCAUAGCCUUCAACAACCAAGAUCCUUCCAUUCUUCCACCUUUCAGACUCAACACGAACUCACGCUUUUUCCGUAAGAAAAAAGGCAGCAAACUCAUCGAUUUCGAAGAUUCCAAGAUAACCGUCUUAUGGGAUCUAUCAAAUGCAAAGUACGAAACUGCCCCGGAGCCGGUCGAAGGCUAUUACGUCGUUGUGGUCAUCGAUUCAGAAAUCGGAUUAAUUCUCGGAGAUUCAGAAACAAUUACAAAGAGAAUGAAAGAGAAUGUUUCAAUGGCGAAGAUCACGCUGUUAUCGCGUAGAGAACAUUGUGCCGGUUGUUCCGGUAACACGAUGUAUUCGACGAAAGCUCAAUUCUGCGACGGUGGAAGUUUUCAUGAGGUGAUGAUAAAAUGCAGCGUGGAGAAAGAAGGUUCGUUUAAUAGUAAAUCAUCAUCGUCGUCAUCGUCAUCAUCGUCGCCGGUUUUGUGUGUGAACAUUGAUAAGAAGAAUGUGAUUCGUGUGAAGAGGCUGCAGUGGAAUUUUAGAGGAAAUCAGACUAUUUUUGUGGAUGGAUUGUUGGUUGAUUUGCUUUGGGAUGUUCAUGAUUGGUUCUUCAAUUCAGUUUCUGGUGGUGCUGUUUUCAUGUUCAGAACGAGAAGUGGUUUGGAUAGUAGAUUGUGGUUGGAAGAGAAGAAUUCUCAGAAAGAUAAAGAUAAAAUUGAGUUCUCAUUCUUCAUCUAUGCAUGUAAGAGUUCAUAAGAAUUUUUACUUUCUUCAUUUUUUUAAUAAUUUUCUUAUACCUUAGUGAAAUCCAAUUUGAACUUCUUUGAUCUUUCUUUUCAUCUUGAAAAGAUAUAAUACUCAUUUUUUAUUUUAUUUUAUGAGAAAGAUGAUAAGAUAGUCAUGUUUGAUUUCACUCUUAGAGUGCAUAUAAGUGUUAAUCAUGUUAAUGUGUUUUUUUUUUUUUUUUGAUAAUUUAGAGAUCCAUUAAAACUAAACUUUGUCAAAUAUUGGAUUUGUGCCAAACAUGAUGGGUCAAGAUUUUGAUUUUGUUGAAAUUAAGGGUAAAUUAACUUCCUCUAAUGACAGUUUUUUCUCCUUAAUUAGAAGCCGUGUGAAACUAAUUCUCUUGUAAUGUAGUUUCAAAGUAUUGCAUUUUUACCAAACAAUAAGAUGAUUGGUCAACAUUUUGA